AUGGAGGAAAUAGUUCAGGAGGAAGGGAAGGAAAUGAAGGAUCUUGGAAUGCCCCAACACACCGGUGACUGGAUCCGAAUUAUUAGAAAUCAAUUACUAUGGGAGCAAAGUGAACUGCAGUUUGAGAUUCAAGAAUCAAUGGUGGAUUCGAAUGUGGAUAAAUUCAACACAGAACAAAGAAAUGCGUUUGAGAUAAUUACAGAUUCUGUAGUGAAUAAUCUUGGUAGAACGUUCUUCUUAAAUGGUAGUGCUGGGACGGGGAAGACUUUUGUGUACAACACAUUGGCAGUAACACGUAGAAGCAAGGGUGACGUUGUUUUAACAUGUAAUGUCGAUUUUGAUUCAAUCGAGGUGGAAUUGUUUCCAUCUACCAAAUUGAUCAUAUGGGAUGAGGUGGCAAUGCAAAACUGUAUUGAAGCGGUAGAUCGUACUCUAAGAGAUGUGAGAUCAAGUGACGAACCAUCCGGAGGGAUCAUCGUCGUGCUUGGAGGAGACUUUAAGCAAACUUUUCCAGUUGUACAAAAGGGACGUAGAGAACAAAUCAUAGAUGCCUCGAUUAGAAGCUCUGUUUUAUGGAGAGACGUGAAUGUUCUUAAGCUAACACAAAACACGAGGCUUGAGAGUCAAGAUCCUGACAGCAUUGCAUUCGCUGAGUAUUUACUUCAGGUAUGUUUAUCAAGAAGUACAGAACUGCAAGUCACCAGCUUAUCCCCUGAAACAAAGAGCUGCCAAACUACACAGCCUAAAAGAGGUGGAAACUGUGUGUCAGCUACAAGGUUGAGGGUAGAGAUUUGUGAAAAACAUGUUAUUGUGGCUACAAUUUUAACAGGAGAUAAGGCUGGGGAAGUGGUUUUUAUUCCGUGCAUAUCACUGACACCAUCUUCAUCGCAUGUCCUCAUUCGAAUGAUUAGGUGA